GCGCUGUCGCCACGGUAACGCUGAAUGAUGGGGCAGCGAAAAAAAGCGCAUGAAUUCCGAUCACAUUAAGGUCACAUGGCCACAAAUCGGAUACGUAUCCGAUCGAGGACCACAUACAAAAGUGACUCCGGUCAGAUUUGAAAAGAUCAGAUUUGUGUUCACACAGCCCUGAAAACACCAGAUCUGAGUCGCAUUAGGGCAAAAAUCUGAUUCGUACCACUUCAGCAUAAUGUGAAUGUAGCCUUAUUGUCCUGGGUGUGUUUGUGUUGAUAUUUAUAGCCAGUUUAGAUGUUUUUAUGUUUGAACCAAAACCAGAAAAAGCAUGAAAGCAGCAUCAGUGAUGUUCGUGGUCCUACAUCUGUUCCCUUACCUCAUUGCUGUCUGUUAAUAAAAGGCAGUACAUGCUGGUAUAACCAUCAUUAACAUUUCAUGCUGGCUUUCUAAACAGUGUCAUGACAAGCCGCCGGCGUGCAUUCGAUAGUGUUCAUUAAUAUGUAGAGGAGAAGGUGCGGGUGGCCCUCGGAUCAGGUUCCGCAUCCAGGCCUGGACGGAGGCUGUGGCGUUGUGUUGCACUCACAGGCUUUCAUUCAGGAGUUUGACACAAUUCCUGUUCUUUCGCACUCGCUUGUCCACGGCCGACUGUCACAGCUGUCACGGUAUGGAGUUAAGGAUCGCCUUCGGCUGCCUUCAGUUGCUGUAUGUUUUUGGAAAGGCUGCUUCCAAGAAAGGUGUUAAAUGUGGAGGAAUCCUCUCUGCGACCAGCGGAAACAUAUCCAGCCCUAACUUCCCAGGCCUCUACCCGUAUAACGUUGAGUGUUCGUGGCUGAUCGUGGUGUCUGAGGGCUCCUCUGUGCUGCUGACCUUCCAUCACUUCGAGCUGGAGUACCACAUAGACUGCGCCUACGACUACAUCAAAAUCUAUAACGGCAUCUCGGAGGACGAGGGGAACCUGCUGGGGAAGUUCUGUGGAGACGUUUCGCCUCCACAGUUCAGCUCAUCCUGGAACGUCAUGUCCAUCAUCUUCCGCUCUGACCGACAUGUGACCCACCGAGGCUUCUCUGUGGGCUACAGGAAAGAUAUGUGCGGUGGUGUGCUGACCGGACUGUCCGGAGUUAUCUCCAGUCCAGGCUACCCGCUGGAGUACAGCAACAACGCUGACUGCUCAUGGACAGUGCAUGUGUCCAACCGCAGCGUGGUCAGCCUGGUCUUCCUGGACUUCCAGCUGGAGAACAAUGAAGGAUGUAACUUUGAUUAUAUCGCCCUCUUUGACGGCCCCACGGUCAAACACCGCCACAUUGGCAAUUACUGUGGAAAUGAGCGGCCUCCAAACACAGUGACCACCUCAAACCAGCUGCUGGUGGUGUUCAAGUCUGAUUUUAACAUUGGAGGCAGAGGAUUCAAAGCCUACUACUACUCCGGGGAGUGCCAGCAGAUUCUUAAAGCAAUCAGCGGGAACUUCACCAGCCCGAACUUCCCAAACAUCUACCCCAACAACAUCAACUGCCACUGGACCGUCGUUCUGGCCGCCGGGUACAGGAUUAAGCUCUUUUUCCCUGUGAUGGAGCUGGAGGAUCAGAACAGCCUGACAGACAGCUGUGACUUUGACUCCGUGGUUGUGUACGACGGGGACAGUGAGGCUGACCCUUUGCUCGGACGCUGGUGCGGGACAGAACCGCCUCCGUCCUUAACGUCAAAAACAAACAAGCUGCUGGUCGUCCUCAACACUGACCGUAACUCGGCUUUUAAAGGCUUCACUGCUUCCUAUACAGGAGUGGUGCCAGUCAAUGUAAGUUGCACCAGGACAGAGUUUCAGAUUCAGAUUUCCCAGCAGUCUUUGCCCCAGCUGGACCGUGAGAGUGUGUAUUUGGGAAAUCCGUCCUGUUCAGCCCAGCUGACCGCAACCACCUACAAGAUACUGGCUCGAUUCGUCAACUGUGGAACUGCUGGACAGAAACGUCGCAACAUCACGAUGCUGGUGAACACUCUCUUCAUCGACUUCUCUGACGGGAAACAGCAGAACGUUCAGGAAUAUGAGGUUCAGUGUGACGCCCAAAGAAAAGUGGCCAUGGUCAGUAUCAUCUCAGUGGAGGAGCGCACACGGAUGAACGAGCUCGCUCGACUCGCUGAGGCGUCCAGCAGCCAGGGAACGGGAGAGAACUCAGAAACUGAGCCGCAUGAGACCAGCGACAUCGUCUUCAUCAGUGUGUGUGUGCUGGCUGUUAUCCUCAUGCUGAUUGCCAUUGUGUGGCUGGUUCUUCUGUAGAGACUCAGCGUUGUAAGGGGAAUUCCACCAAGAUUUCGAAAUUUCUCUAUGAUUCAUUGGUUAAGACAACACAGUCAUUCAGAGUGGUUUGGUGUGAAGUGCUCUGUUCUAGAGAAACUUGGGAGUCAGAACUGUUCACAGUGGUGGUGAUAGGAACCAGACGUCUACCUCUAAAAGCUCCC